AUGGGGCGUUUUACCAGCGGUGACGAUUCACGGCCGCGUAAACGUCCAGCUGGAGGUUUCCUCACCAGUAUCCAAGCGCCCAAGCUCUCGUCAAGCACGUUCUUAACCCCUCUAGUUGGACUCCCCUUGACUUUCACACCCGUUCCCCAUGACGAUCCCCGACCACGUAAACGACAUGCUGGAGGGUUCCUCAGCAGCACACAAACGCCUAAGCUCUCGUCCAGCACGUUCUUGACCCCUCCAGUUGGACCAGCCUCGACUUUCACAUUUGUUCCCGACAGUCUACCAGGCCCACCUGCAUUGGCGCAUCGUGAGCCCGGCGGAAAAUCCGUAAUGCUCGAUAGCACUGUUGAGAGACCAAGUGCCGAGGAGCUUGCGUAUGCACUCAAGAAACCUUUCCAUGGUAUACGCCCGGAAGACGCAGAAGUCAAGGAGGUUCCUGUGACUGUGAACGACGAGGAUGCUGGCGACAACGCUUUCAAUGAGUCAGUGCCUGAAGGCAACGCGGACUCAACGCUUGGAGUACCUAAACCGGUGGAAACAUCUUUCCUUCAGCGUCUGCGAAAACGCUGUACUCGUUACAACGAGUCUAAGGGGUUUUACGAGAGGGUGACUGGGGCUGACUUGGGGAUACGUAUACAACUGAUGCACCGACCCGGCGAAGUGUGCAAUUUUCGUUCCCUUCACUCGAUUGAGAAUUUCACCGUGAUACAUACCAAUGGUAUCCACAAGAUUACGGUCGACUUUUGCCAGUGCGAACUUGGACGCGACAUCCCGUACCAUAUCCAGUUGAUGCGAUGGCGUCUCUGGCCUGCGACGUGCGAUAACCCCCAAACAGCAACGACUUACGAGGCGCUGGAUUUGUUCACGCGACUAUCAGUUCUGGGUCGACUGAACGUAUACGACUUCUACCGCGCUCUGGAGGCGGCGACCGACGCGGCGAAGCUCAAAGGCAUCGCGUGUGUGAGGCAGCAACUGUCAAUUUGCGCUCGACAGUUUCGCCAUAUCAUGAUGUUCAAGCGUGCUGGUCGAGGACACGAGCCUGGGGGGAUUGAUGGAACUCCCUCAGGAGGUUGUGCGAUCGUCUGUCCGGCUUGCCCGAACUUCAAGUUCAACGUCAGUGAAAAGGAGCAGACCGAGGGCCCAUUACAAUGGAUCAAUCGCGUUAUCUGGUCGAUAGACGCCAACUUCCGACUGUCGAACAAGAUGAGGUGCUCGACAAAGGAGACAGAUCCGCAUCUGACGAAUGGCAAAGCAUAUAUGGCACCUUGGGCCGACUACGAAGCUCAUACAGCUGCAACCGUGAAGGAGCUGGCUAAGCCGGCGUUCGCUACAUUCGUCGAGAAAGGACGAAUGUCUUAUGCGGUCCCCAAAUUCCACCUUUACGCCCACAAGGUCUUCUGUCAGCUCCGGUUCGCGUUUCAGUGGCUGUUUGGGACGGCCAUCACAGACGGCGAGGCGCCCGAACGCUUGUGGUCGGGUUUCAAUGCGGCGGUAUCAAGCCUGCGAGAGCUGGGUCCUGGUGGGAAUCAUGACAUGCUGGACUACAUGUUCGGUGCAUGGAAUUAUGAGAAAUCGAGUACUAUAAAUUCGGCUCUGCUCGGACGAAUGGAUCGCGCACUUGACGACGGCGAAGGGCAAACCAACACUUAUACAGACUUGACUGCAGCGCUGCGAUCGAUGCAACCCGAGAAGCUCGUCGAGAAGGAGGGCGCCGUGAAGGCUUGGGAUAGCGGCGACAAGACUAAGAUGAAGGACUCGCAAUGCCCAUACUAUACGAAGAAGCAGAGCCUGUCAAUGGCGCAGAUUAAGUCGCAGUCUAAUGAACUUGAGGCUUCUCAUAAGGACAAGGCAGUAUUCAACGACCCAGAUGAAGAAGCAGCACUUGCGGAGUGUAUUCGGCGCGGCAUGCGGAUUGAAGACGAAAGGGCGCGUAUCGAUCUCAGGCUUUAUCAAGAGGAUCCCACGGAAAAGCAAGUUACGUCGAGGACCGAGGCCCUCAAAGCAUUGGUGAAGGCUAUCAUUGGGUUUCGCGCAGAACAAGAGGCUUGCAUGCCAUCAACGUAUGCCGUUUUGACGGACGAAGAACGCGAUCCCGACCCUAAGGCCGCCAUGACCGUCCAAUUGUGCAUGCCCUCGGACCCUCCUGAUGGAGACGAAUCCUACGUCACCGCAGCAGCCCGGAUUGUCGAAUCUAGGCUUCGAUGGGAGGCGAUGGUGGACGAGCUUGAUCACCUGCUUCACCAACUGCGCUUGAAGGGUUGUCUGCACAAGCACAGGGUGGCAAACAUCACCGGUCAACACAUGAGCACUCGCGCUCAAUCGACUCAGGCUGCCGUCAAUACCCACAUCAAGAAAGCUGCCGACGCUUACAGACGCCAUCGAGCCGCGUAUCUGAAGUUGGUUGGCAAAGGUACCUGGGAGGAGACCAUGCGCGAGUUACAGGACUCGGAUUGCCGCUCAUUAGGAGACAAGCUCAUCGAGCAGAUAGAGAAGAUGUCGGAGAAGCGUGUGACAGCCUUCCUUCAGGGAAAGGGGAAGGCAGACACAUCUGGCGAUACAAACUACAAGCUGCCAUGGAUUUGGUACAAUUGGACCGAGUCGUCCGAUGACGCGGUAUCCGACGAACUCAUGGCGGAGUGGGCCAAAUCCCGCGCGCGCGCUAUGCACCACGUGCACGAAGUUCGCCUUGUUGACGCCGAGAUGCAACGCGUUCUCAAUUUCAACGAGACCAUGGCCCAGAUGUGGGAUGCGCGUCGAGACUCCCAUGAGAGCAUCGAUAUGGGGGAACACAAGCAGUGGGCUUGCGACGAUGUAUGGGCCGACGGCAUGCGCGCAUACGCGUCAAAACAGGCCUUCAUCCGCAGAGCCCAAGCGGAAAAGUGGAGCGCGGAGUUUGCUCCGGUUAGGGCGGAAGCACGAAGGUUUUUGGCAGUACACACCGAUGACGGACUCGCCAUCGAUCCCUCGACCAUACUAACGACAGAAGAAAUCGAGGUAAUGGAGCACCAGAUACAGACUCGCCGUGAAAGGCGCAAGAAAGCGAAACGCCCGCGACCCGCAAAGGCAGACGCGUCGUCUCAACCGGAGGAGAACGAGUCGGAGAACGAGUGGUCUGGACUGGAGAACGAUACAUUGAAGUCGAAGGGAAAGGGAUCUAAGGCGCGUAAGCAGAAGGAUAAGGUGGGGGGGAAGAAAAAGAGGCGCGCCAAGAAGGGUUGA